AGAGGGCGUGAAUUGUGAAAUGCAAAACAACACCGAGUGAACCAAAACAAGGACUAAAGAAUGACAGUUUUGAAAAAGUUUAUUAUGGUAUUGUGUGAAAUACUUUGAUUUAUUCACAUUUCUAGCUUCUUGAGUCUGUAUUUAAUAACAUUAGAAGAUGUAUUCUGGAUGGGCUUCUUUGCAAGAGGCGAUCGAAACGGACCAAAGCAAUCACAGUGUUCUCCAUACGUUUCCUGAAACUGUGGGGAGAGAUGUGGCCGUGUCGGUGGUGAAGCAGUUGGCCGCAAGUACGGCGUCGCUGGCAGCUCUCCAGCAGAGAGGGGAUGGGUCUGCUGCAUGUAAUCCACUUGAAUCAGAGAAACAAGUAGAGUGGACAAUGGAGGUGAUUUGCUAUGGGCUGAGCCUCCCCUUGAACGAACAUGAAGCAAUUCGAGAUUGUGUGAGUGUAUACUGUGAAUGGCUAAAAGCAUUGACCAUACCCCAGCCCAGCUUACCCACACCACUGAGCAAAGAUCCAAAUCCAUACAUUCAGAGGAUCUUUCAGCAUCUUGUCAACCUAUUCAAACCUAGAAAACAAGGUCUGAAUGACACCAACAAGCAAGCAGUGUUAUGCCAUCGUGUACUACGGUCCAUUCAGUCCGUUGCCACCGAGAGUAUCAUUAUGACCAAACACACCUGGGAAGUGCUUCUCAGGUUCUUGCUCUCUAUCAACCACACCUUGCUCUCUCCUCCACUUGAGUCAGGUAGUCUUGCGGAGCAGUUGUGUGAGCGUUUACUGAGUGUUCUGUUUGAAGUAUGGCUUCUCGCCUGUGCUCGAUGCUUCCCAUCACCAACGCUCUGGAGAACCUUUCGUGAGAUGUGCUGUACAUGGCGCCAUCAUCCUGCCACGGUAGCCCAAUGGAAUCGCAUCAACAAAGUGCUCACUGCUCAGCUUAUUCAGGUCCUCUAUGGGCCAAUAUUCCCACCACUCAAACUUAGUGAUGACGAAGGCCGGAUCAUUCCUCCCGAACUUGAUAACGAUGGGUUAGCUCAAGCUUGGUUCAGGUUCCUACACAUCCUGGGUAACCCUGUUGAUCUGUGCCAUCCAGAAAUCAUCAGCAGAACGCCCAAUUUUGUUGCUUCCAUCAAGCAAGGGAAGAAAUUCCCUGAUCAGCAUUCGUGUCUACAAGCCCUACCAAACAUAUUCCUCCGAGCUAUGAAAGGGUUAUCAGUUCUUGUAGAUGCAUUUCUAGGGUAUCCAUCAGAUCGUCUUGGUCAUAUCACCGAUCCCUCACAAGGAAUACCUUCUCGUUCUCCCACCAUCCCAAGUGCCACGCCAUUCAAUGCUGCCUCCAAAGCCAAAGGCGUGGCUUCAUCCGCAACAAGGGGCGCCUCCAACGCCGGCAUCAGAGGCGGAGUCAAGAGCAAUAUCCUCCACACCGGACUCCUUCCCGGUCCGAGCCACUCCGAAUGCAACAGCAUCCUCCACCUGUUUGGGGCGUGGCUCUUUGAAGCGGCCCUCAUGGGAUGUAAGUUCCACGGGGCGGCGACGCCCGCCCCUUUCCUCCCACGGAGGACUGGCUCCCUCUUUGUGAACCCAUCAUCAUCAUCUUCGUCAGCUGCAUCAGUUCUGAGUAAUAGUUUCUCCAACACCAGCACCAUAAACUUCACUUCCUCCUCCUCCACUGCCACUGCUACCACUUCCACCAAUGCUUCUACUAACAGUAAUGCUUCUUCUACUAAUUCUCAUCGUACUCAAAGUGUCGGUCGAAUGAUGCGUCGAGCCCAGUCCAUACCCACCGAUGCCCCUCGUGAAGGUCAUGAUCGCGAGGGCAUAUCUCCCCCUGGAGCACCCUCUGCCCUGCUGGUGCCGGACCGUCUCAGCUCGCCCGAGAGCUACGAGGAAGGGCGGGCGGAGGCCUGCGGUGCACUGUGCCGCAUCUUCACCAGUCGCAAGGCCUCGGAGAGCAUCCUCCCGAUGUACCUGUCCCGGUUCUACCUCACGCUGACUCAAGGGCUAACGACCAAUUCAAGACAGCCUGUGAGUGGUUUAGUGUUGUCUAACAUCCUGUACAACUCUCAUAACCUGCUAAGGGUCGACCUGACAGGUGUCAAGGUUCUUAUACCGUACCUUCUCUCUGCGAUGGAUCUAGUCAUUCCAGAGACUGAUCUUAAAUUCAAGUCAUUAGUUCCUAAGAAUGAGCUUCGUCGAGCCUCAAUCCAUCUCCUUCUAUCCAUGUUGUGUCUCCCUCAUCAUUUCAAAGAUCUCACCAUUCAGAGUUUGAUUCAGAACGAUGCUGAUGAUUGCAAGCCUGAGCUUACUUUCAUUAGUUUAAAACCUCAGCUGGUUGAUCUUAUGAUAAGCGGAUUCAGAUGUGAAAGUAACCCCCAGAACGCACAAAUGUUAUUAGGUGCCAUGUACAUGUGUAUCCUGGACUCGGCUAUGAGUGAAUCAGCAGAGGCUAAGAUAAGCCAAUCAGCACCACCUUCAAGGAAAGAAUCUUCGAGUAGCGUAAAUGACAGUGAAGAGAACGCAGACAACGUUCCGCCCGGCAGUUCACUGAGCGGAAGUUUGUUUGUAACAGACACAGCUUGGGCCAUCUUUGUAAGAUGCUGUCAUCUUGUCUUUCAACAACUCAUGUCGACAUGGAGCAAGGAUUGUGGUGUUGCCAUGGCAGCAUUAGAACUACUCUCUGGUGUUGCUAGGAUACCUAUGAAAGUUCAAGAUCCACUGGAAUGUAAGAGGAAUGUGAAAUGGAUAUGUGAUCAUAUCGCCAAGCAGUGUAGCCAGCCUUCAGUGUAUCAUUCGAGAGAUCUUCAUUCUAUCAUCGUCGCUGCUUUCAACUGUCUAACUGUCUGGGUGGUAGAACAUAGCUAUCUCCUUAAAGAUAGAGAGACUCUUCAGAUUGUCUUGGAGGUGGUUGAGCUAGGUAUCUCUGGAACCAAAUCCCAGCCCAAAGCCAGCAUCCCGGCCGUUCUCAAACAGGCCAAGGAACUCAAACCAACCUCUACCAGGGUUAAGAAUGCUGCGCAGGGUGUCCUCUCCUGUAUACUCAACCAGCUGGGUUCUUUCCCAGCCCCAUGUGGACCAUCUACAGUAGUAUCCCUCUUGGAUGAGAACUCUCUACUUAAGUACGUUGACCUUCCAAACUCCGAGGUCAAACCAACAUUCAAGUAUUUCGUCGUGGACAACACUAUCCUCCUUGCCAUGCUAGAAGAACCUCUUAAAUUUACAAAAGAGGUACUGCCGACAGUAACAGUCAUCAUCCGUGGACCAACGGGUCGCCAUGUUUGGACUUUCCAACUUCGCCAUUCAUCAAGAAAAGAUAAGGAUACGGCUGAAGCUCGUUUGAUUUAUCCUGAGAGACCCAAAGCUAAUGAUAACGUGGGAACGCACCAUGAGAUCACCUCCAAAUAUUUCCCAGACUCCAUCAACAAGAUUCCGAUCACCAAGGCUGAUCAAAGCAUACCGAGCCUGGACGAGAUCGAAACAGAAGAAUCUCGUGAGGACCACAUCACCUUGGGGAAACUGCUCCACGAGCAGAUGGAAUACGAGGAGCUCGUGCGGAAUUCAGCGCGUGAUGCGAAAAGGAAUUACCCCAACCCACACACGGAAGCUAAGCCGCCUCAGCCGUGCACAGAGUUCAGUCCAGCUAGACUACUACUGUCCCACCUUGGAUAUCUCAAUAUUGAAAGCUUACAGGGCCCUGAGAAUACAAGUCUGCCUCCUGCAUUAGUGGCAUUGGAUGACAGUCAAGCUGGUUUCACCCCUGACCUUCUUCAACUUGAUCAGAUACCAAGUAGAACCUUUGAUACCGCAUUCAUAUUCUAUGUCAAAACGGGGCAGAAAAAAGCAGAAGACAUUCUCCACAAUGUGAAAUCUAAAGACAAGGUUCAAUACCAGUUCCUUGAGUUUCUACAAGCCCUUGGAUGGCCUGUUGUGAUUGGUCAGCAUGCUGGGUGGACAGGUCACAUGACUACAUCAUGGAAAAUUCCUGAGUUUGAUUCCAACGCUAAUGUCAAAAGCAAUGGUAAUGUUAGGGAAGAACUGAACCAUGGAGGUAGUCUAUACAGUGGGAAGAAACAAGUUCUCUACUUUGCUGACUUUUCAUCAGAGAUUGCAUUCGUCGUACCAACCGAAGAUGACAGCAAAGUAGCUUCAAAUGAUGAUGCCACCGUACUUUCCCCAGUCCCUGAGGAACCCCACCAUGCCCACCCCCAGUCCUCUGCCACCCAGGGGAGUCAGCAGCAGCAGCGUCCUGCAGACCUGGAGGCCAGUGGAUCCAGCAGUAACAACAGCUCCUUGGCUGGAUCCCUAGCAGGCUCCUUGGAGCGUCCAUCCAGGAAGUUCUCCACCAAGGGAGCCAAUGCCACUCCUCCAGAGCUCAAGGUGCUGGUGGUAUGGCUGGAGAACUUUGAAGAUCAUCAGACCUUUCCUCUUGCCGAUCUACUUCACAAGACAAGUACAGGCUCUGAAAACCUGACAACCAGUAACAACUCACUUAGCAAGACGCCUGAACCCUCCAUUAUGAUCGUCUAUAUUCACCUACUCAAGAGUGGACUCUUCCGUAUUCAUAUACAGAGCAGUUGUACACUAGCAAUCCCAUUGGUUGAUGGAAUGGUUGUGAGUAGGAGAACACUAGGCACUCUGGUGAGACAGACGGUAGUCAAUACAUGCAACAGAAAGCGAUUGGAAAGUGAAAAGUAUUCUCCUCCUCAUGUAAGAAGACGGCAGAGAAUCCAAGAGAUGGUUCAGAAAUAUCAACGCAAGCAAACUGUUUCAGAGUUCUACACUAGUCUAUUCACAUCUUGAUGCCAAGGUAUAUGAAUAUGAUGUGAUGAUACAAGAGAAUGAUUAGAAAUAUCAACAAAGCGGACUGUUUCAGAAUUCUGUUCCAGAUUAUUCAGAUCACGAAACGGAGGAGUCUUAAUAUCACUUGAUGUGGUGAUCUGAGAGAUUGUUUAGAAGACUUGACGAAAGCAGACUUGAAACAGGUUAUUCACUCCUUGAUGUUAAGAUGUCUAAAUAUUACUAGAUAUGAAGAUAAAAGAUGGUGUAGAAGUUUCAACGAAAGCAGACAGUUUCAGAUUUCAACACUAGCCUAUUUAGGUCAUGAAAACCAAGGACUCUAAAUAUGUUUUGGAUAUUCAAGAGAGGGUUUCGAAGUUUCAACAAAAGCAGACUGUUAUAGAAUUCUAUACCAGUUUGUUCACAACAACAUGAAACCAAGGAGUCUAAAGAUGACUAGAUAUGGUUAUCUGAGGGAUGGUUUAGUAGAAGACUCAAUGAAAGCUGACUUGCAGGUUAUUCACAUCUUGAUAUUAAGAUGUCUAAAUAUUACUUUAUAUGAUUCAGGAGAUGGUGUAGAAGUAAUCAACAAAAGCAUGACAGUUUCAGAUUUCUAUACCAGCCUAUUUAGGUCAUGAAAACCAAGGAAUCUAGAUAUUGUUUCAUUAUUUCAACAAAAGCAGAGUUUCAGAAUUCUAUACCAGUUUAUUCACAAAAUGAAACCAAGGAGUCUAAAUAUUACUUGAAAUGGUGAUCUGAGAGAUGGUUUAAAAGACUCAACGAAAGUAGGCUUGUCCGUGGCUAUCAUGUUGAUGUAGAAUAUGUGGUUUGUCUAAUUGUCUUGUUUGAGCAUCUGUAACACUAGAGCUAUUAAGGAAAUGUCAUGUAACACACUUGUGAUGUGAGCUUCAUGGCUUUGUGGGGUGAGGUGAGUCUUUGCUGCUCAAAUCCAUAGUCCUUUUGGAAGCGCAUAGAGACAUUAUGGCAAGUCGGUAAUGUGGUAUGCAAUGUACGAGAUCAGAAUGUCAUUACCAACAUGGCACUUAUACAGGCAAUCCCAUUACAUCUUUGUAAGCUUAUAGACGACUGUCAUGAGGUCCAUAUUCAUAAAAAAUAUUAAAAAAUCAUGGAAACUUGGGUUGUUAUACAAAUUAUAAAACAAAGCUAAGCUUCACAAUAUAUUUUUUAACGAUAUUAUUUCAUAUUUUUAUUAAUUUCAAACUGAUAAUUAAAUUUGAAUUCUUUAAGCUAUAUUAUCUCAUCUAACGAGACUGAUUAAUGACUGAUCACCCCCCCCCCCCCCCUUGGGAUGUCAUCAGUUUCAGAGCUGCCAACCUCUGUAUCUUUCAUCAAUUAACCCUAAUUUUACAACUGUCAUCAUGCUAUUGCCAAAACUUCUUGUGGGGUUUAGGUUUCAUGUAAAUCUCUGCUCGAGCACAUACAUGUAUAACACAAUUAUAAAACAUUCCAUCUCGAUCUCACUCAUCAAAAAGCGAACGAAAGCAUGUGUGUACACGUUUUACUACAAAAUUAACCCUUUUGCCGCUCUUUUUUUUUUUUCAGCCUAAACUUUAUACUUAUUUGUUAUAUUUUGUAAAGAAUUCCAAUUAUGCAACAGUUGGCAGCUCUUUGAAUUUUGGGCCCGUUUCAUAAAACUAGAUACAAGCUACCAGGCAUGUUUAAUUGGCCAUGAGCAAGUUUGCCGUAAAAUGUAAUAAGAUUUAUGAAACAUGGUCCUGAUAAGACAGAAUUGUCUGAUAUCCUGAUGGAAAAGAACCGUUGAAAUGAUGCAUUGUUAUUUUGUCAUUAGAAUGUGCAAUCUUUUAUAGUGUUUUGUAUUUCAGAAUGCAUGUAAUAAUAUUAUUGUAUAGCAGUAAUAAAGUGUAAUAUCUAUUAUCACCACAA